AUGGCUCGUCUCUAUGCCGCUUUCCUCGCUCUCUACACCGUUGCAGACGUCACUCUUGCCAAACCGAGCCCCUUCGGUAAACAUGCCCAACACGCUCGUGCUGGUGCUCCGUACAUCAACACCGACCUCGUCGCACAAAAUGCCAUUGCUAUCACCAACCAGAGUUGGGAGUACGGCGCUUUGACUCAGGCGCUAAUCGAACUCGAGGCGCCCGCGUUGUCCGUCUUCUCAUUGAGCCCAUUCCCGCCUUUGACCCUCGUCAACCCCAUCCCCGAUGCUGUCUGGGAUAUCAUCACCCCUAUCCUUGACGCGGAACAGCCUGACGACUUCGCGUUUAUUGAUGGCGCAGGCGCGGCUGGCGAUCCGAGCUCUAUUGGCCCCGCCGUCAUCUUGGCAAAUACGGUCGCGAACAACAAGACCUGGGACGAUGAUGUUGAGAAGCAGCUCAACCACCUGCUGUACGAUGUUCCGCAUUCGGACGAGGGUGCCAUUUCGCAGCGUGAGGACGAGGUUCAGUACUGGGCUGACGCGGUAUAUAUGAUGCCUCCGUUCUUGGCAUACUGGGGCGCUAUGACCGGUGGCGCGAACGGCACCGAGCAGCUUAAGAAUGCGCACUUGCAGUGCAAGCUUUACCGCGAAGCACUCUUCGACGCGGACGCCAGCCUUUGGCGUCACAUCGCCGGUGGUAGCUGGCAACUCAACAACCACUGGGCUACUGGUAACGCGUGGGCCGCCUUUGGUAUUGUCCGCGUCUUGGCGACCAUUCAGGCGUCCGACGCUGCGGAUGAGCUUCAGUCCGAGCAGCAGGACCUCAUCGACUGGGUCAACGAGAUCUUGAAGGGCUCAUACCAGUACCAAACCUCGAACGGCACGAUCUUCAACGACAUCGACCUCCCCGAGGACCAGACCUUCGCCGACUCCGCCGGCACGGCGCUCAUCACCGCGGCUGCAUACCGUCUCGCUGCUAUCACUGGUGACAAGACGUACAUCAAGAACGCCGAGACGAGUUACGAGUUCGUCGCGAACUCUAUCGACGGGGACGGUUGGUUGAACCACGCAGUUAACCCGCUCACCUUCAACACUCCCCUCACCGGCGACAUCCGCAGCCCUGAGGGCCAGUCUUUCGUGCUAUCGCUCGUUGCUGCGCGUAAGGCGUACUACUUGACGCUAUGA